AUGGACGAGAACCUUCAAAACGCGACAGCGAGCAUGUUACUUGGCAGUAGCAUCAAAACUGGUCACGGCAGCAGACCCCUAGAGAUGGCCUCCCCGUCACCAAGUACGGGGGCAGCCGUGCCUCCCGUUGAUCACUACACUAGACUCGGCAACACCGACAGAGAGUACCGCUGCGAAGUGAGAGACCUGCAGACGGGUAGUGACUGGCGGACGUCAGCGUCAUCCGGCUAUCACAGUGGCGUCAGUACUUCAGAAAUUAGCCUCGGCGAACGAGCAGCACUAAACGCCUCCCUUGCUGCUGACGAAGACAGCGACGAUGACAGCGUGUGGAAUGAAGACGAGUGGCCAGUAGAUCGCCCUCUACCCUUGCCGGAGUGGGGAUGCGGACGUCCCGAAGUAACUUUCAACUGUCAACAGCAGUACAAGAUUUUCUUGGUGCGCGUCGGCUACCAUCUCCGCAGAGCCCUCGCCUCUCUCCCAUAUGACACCAUUUCUAACUUCAUUGCUUUUGGGAAAAGUUAUCUAUCCUCGAGAGAAGACUAUCCGGCGUUGCUAGAGUUCUACCGUGACUACGAUCCCCCUGUACUGACUGGCAGGUACACGUGUGUUGGACUCUCUUCAGACCUCGCCACUAGACUAUCUGUGCUGGAAGCACAUUAUCCAGGCCUCAAGGAUGCAACGUAUCCGGUAUCAUGCGAGGAAGAAGUUACAGAAUUGGAGUCCUUCUCGUCACUGAAGGAACCUGUGGUGGCACGGUGCCUCAAGGAACACGUAUUGUUAUGCGUGAGGAUCCGUGUCGCGGGUCGUGCGGGCGUGCUGCUCUUCGACCCAGGCUAUCAUGUCGGAGAGCCCAUCACCGUCAUGGAGGAUGGCCUCUCGCCGCAGUCUGGCCCCAUUAAAGGCUGCUCUGCACGUUCGGACGUUCACCGUACAUUCCAAUACAGCUUUUGGCAGGAUAAUUACGCUUUUGUGUCGUGGCGUAUGGUAGAGGAGAGGGAAGGAAAGCCCAACAAAUGUACCACAAGUGUAAUUCACGUCUCUAGACCAUUCCUGUCUACUGUAGACAUUGCUGAACGUCGCAACCUUGUAGAGCCGUUCAAGUCUCUACUGGGGCGUGACGCCCAAGGUAAUCUUAUCUGUGGACUCUACUUCCCCACGCGGACUUCUUACAACACAUCGGUCACAUUUUUCCACAAAGUCAAUGGACUUGUGAGACAUGUAAAACGGCCCUUAAGUUACUUCUUGGUCAAUGAUGAGCAGAGUGAAGUUGAAGAAGCAUUAGCAGCCAUCGCAGAUCAGACGGGCAGGCCAUCAUCCGACCUUCGCAGUAGCCUCGUGACUCUGGCGCGCCUUCUACUAGACGAAGAUCUCGUCAAGCAGGUGUUGGAACUCAACCAUGACAUUGAAGAGAUGACGAAAGAAUAAUUUGCAAUAGGGCCUCUCUGCUGUAUAGGGGUCUGCUGUAUUUUUAUUUUUUUUAAUUUGCCUUUUUUAGUUUAAAAAAAACUUUUAAUUUUUUUACUUCAAUGAGUUCUUAAAUUUUUGAAAUUUUACAUAAUGGACAAUUUAAAUAAAAUGAAUUUGGCAACUAGA